AUGUCUGGUGUAUAUUUCAAAAUCAAAAAACACUGCUACAUUCUCCGUCAACCGAACAAAAGAACAGUCAUAGAAAAACCAACGUCAGAACAGAUACUGAAAAUACUGGGGGAUUGUGUCCUUAAAAAUAGUUCGCAUGACCCUUGGAAAGUCUUCAAAAAACUAAUGAUGCAGUUUCUUGAAGAAAGCGCGUUGAAACAAUUAUGGCGUAACCAAGAAAUCAAAGCUGAAUUCAGGGGUCUUGUGGAAGAUGCUUCAAAAAAGGGGGGGAUCCGUAUUGUAUUUGACAAACUAUGUCAAAAUAAUCCCGUAGCCCUAGUAGCCCCCUCUCAAGUUACUUCCGAGCAGGACGCAAGUGACGAAUGGGAUUCUAAUCCUAUGUCUGGAGAUGACAGAGGCAACCGCCAAGAAUUCGGCACCAUGCCCGAAGCUUUGCUUGCCGAACAGAACACGGUAACCCAAGUAGCCCACCCGCAAGUUACUUCCGAACAUAUGGACGCAAGUGACGAAUGGCAUUCUAAUCCUAUGUCUGGAGAUGUCAGAGGCAACCGCCACGAAUUUGGCACCAUGCCCGAAGUUUACUUGUCUGCCGGACAGAAUACGGUAGCCCAAGCUUGCCAUCAAUUUACAUCCGAACAGAAUAUUAAUAUUGACGGAGGUGACGAACGGCUUGUGUCCAUGGACGCAAAUGGCAUGAGGUUCUAUAAUUACGGCGGUGCAUUUAACGAAGUCGUUCCUGACAUGGUAGCCCAAGCUUGCCAUCAAUUUACAUCCGAACAGAAUAAUAAUACAGGUGACGAAUGGCUUGUGCCCAUGGAAGACGCAAAUGACAUGGGGUUCUAUUAUAACGGUGAUACAUUUCACGAAGUUGGCUCGUCUGUGCCUGCCGAACAGAAUACGGAUGUAGAUGACGAAUGGCAAUCUGCCAAAUUAUGGCUAAGUAGAAUCAAAAAUUUAGGACUGGAUUUAUUAGCAUACAUUUCCAUUCUUGACAACAUCCGCAACGCUGAAAACCGAUUAUGA